UCACCUCCCACUCUGGCUCUGACUGUUGCCUCCUUUAUAAAGCCUGGCUCUUCCAUCACCCCCACUUGCCCCUCACUGCCGCUGCCAACUCUGGGCUCCAUGGACUGGUCCCACCUGAGGUGCCCUUGACCAUCCCUGUCCCCCACCCCACCCCGGAUCCCGGCAAUGCUAACCGCCGUCUGUGGCUCUCUGGGCAGCCAGCACUCGGACGCGCCUCCCGCCUCCCCGCCGCGCCUCGACCUGCAGGCUCUCCAAACAUACCAGGGCCACACGAGCCCUGAGGCCGGGGACUACCCCUCCCCCCUGCAGCCUGGAGAGCUGCAGAGCCUCCCGCUGGGCCCAGAGGUGGACUUCUCACAGAGCUAUGAGCUGCCGGGGUCCUCCUCUCGGGUAACCUGCGAGGACCUGGAAAGCGACAGUCCCUUGGCCCCGGGACCCUUUUCCAAGCUCCUGCAGCCGGACAUGUCACACCAUUACGAAUCGUGGUUCCGGCCGACGCACCCAGGCACCGAGGAUGGCUCGUGGUGGGACCUUCAUCCGGGUACCAGCUGGAUGGACCUCCCCCACACUCAGGGCGCGCUGACCUCACCUGGCCACCCCGGGGCGCUUCAGGCUGGCUUGGGGGGCUACGUCGGAGACCACCAGCUUUGUGCCCAGCCGCCCCACCCACACCCGCACCAUCUCCUCCCAGCCGCCGGAGGGCAGCACCUCCUCGGGCCUCCCGACGGGGCGAAGGCCUUGGAAGCAGCCGCCCCGGAAUCCCAGGGGCUGGAUACCAGUCUGGAUGGGGCGGCCCGGCCCAAAGGCUCCCGGCGGUCAGUGCCCCGCAGCUCAGGCCAGACCGUGUGCCGCUGCCCCAACUGCCUGGAGGCGGAGCGACUGGGGGCUCCGUGCGGGCCCGAUGGGGGCAAGAAGAAGCAUUUGCACAAUUGCCACAUCCCGGGCUGUGGGAAAGCCUACGCCAAGACAUCGCACCUGAAGGCACACCUGCGCUGGCACAGCGGCGACCGCCCCUUCGUGUGCAACUGGCUGUUCUGCGGCAAGCGCUUCACGCGCUCCGACGAGCUGCAGCGCCACCUCCAGACCCACACCGGCACCAAGAAGUUCCCCUGCGCAGUCUGCAGCCGGGUCUUCAUGCGCAGCGACCACCUAGCCAAACACAUGAAAACCCACGAGGGCGCCAAAGAGGAGGCUGCCGGGGGGGCGGCGGCGGGAGAGGGCAAGGCCGGCGGAGCGGAGCCCCCCGGGGGCAAAGGGAAGCGCGAGGCCGAGGGCAGUGCGGCUCCCUCCAACUGAGCUCCUCGUCCCGCCUCCCCGUCCCGCCUCCCCGUUGGUCUCCCCUGGGGCCAUCAGAAGAGAGCCCUCUGGCCUGAUGCCCUUGUGGGGGUGGCUUGAGCAAGAGAAGGUGGUUAUUUAUUGAGAGGGAGGGAAAGUGAUGCGGGGAUCAGGGAGCCGGGUCGCUAGGGGUUUCAUAGUCUCUGGGGCUGGACAGGACGGACGCGUUUGACUGGGCGGGGAGGAGCUGCGCAUGCCCAUCAGUUCUCCCCUUCCUCGCUCUUUCACUCACGCCCCUGGGCUGGGGGGUUGGGGCGGACUACCCCUACGGUGGCUGGAGGGCCCAGGGGAUAGGUUGGAGGAUACGGCGCGUCCCCGGAGCAGAGAGAAGUGGGGCCGCCCCGGGCGCUCCGGGUAGCUGUCUGG